AUGGCGACGUUGGGAAGGUUUGAUCAGUUCAUCGAGGAUGGUGACAAAAAUUUUCAGUCCUACGUGGAGCGGUUCGACUACUUUCUGAAGGCCUCCCAGGUGAGCGACGACCUGAAGGUGUCAGUGUUCAUAACGGCAAUAGAAAAGAAGGCCUACAAAACUCUUAAAACGUUGCUGGAGCCAGAAAAGCCAGAAAACAAGACGUACGCACAGUUAGUGCAGACACUGAAAGAGCAGUACGUUCCCAAAACUUCCGUGAUUGCCGAGCGUUUCAAAUUCAAUCGUUGUUUUCAACAAGAUGGGCAUGCGGUGACAGCCUUUGCUGUAGAGCUGAAGCGGUUGGCGACAUCCUGUGAUUUCGGAACGUUUCUCGAUGACGCGCUGCGCGCGUUUGUGGCAGGACUUUGUGACAAAGAAACACAAGCAGAGCUGUUAAAGACAAGCAAGUUUGCCUUUAAAAAGGCCUGCAAUAUCGCUAGGAGCAUCGAGUUGGCCCGGAAAGAAAGCCAGGAUUUUCAGCCCGAGUCGGCACAAGGAAUGAUCAGCACCCUUAGCCGCAAAACAGAUAGCGGGAAACGCCCACCACGCUGGAGAGAGGUACCGGAACACACCGACCACAAGCACGGGGCAGACACCAGCAGAACUGUUUUUGUCGUGGUCGCCCCGCACACGCCUGUCUAG